AAUAACCCCUCUGCACAUUCUGAUAAAGAUUACUUUUCUGUCUGGACUUUGAUAAUUUGCACUAAAAUUCUUCAACAGGAGAAUACUUAAGCAUGGGCAAAAGUAAUGAGUAAAAUACUUUGUGAUGUAAUACUUUUUCUAGACUAAUUAGUCAAUGUUGCUGUUUAAUAGCACUUUGUAGCUCAGUUAUCUUCCAGAGAAACAUUACUGGAGUAAAGCAAGUAAUUGUCAUUUUGAGUUUAAAACUAGCUUAUUUUUUAUUGUGAAGCAUAACAAGUACUCCUUUGUUCUUUUUGUUCACAAUUUUAACUUUUGUUAAUGUGAGUCCAGGAUUUUAUGGGAGUCCAGUCACGUUCAGCAAACUGGUAAGACAUUAAGAGUGGUGAAUGCUUGGGGGUUUUGCAGAAGUGCCUCAUGUGAUACCUUCUAUUCUCAGCAUAGGUUAAAAUUAGAACUAGACUGACAUUGCAUUGGAGCUUGAGUGAGAGUUCUAAAUGGGUUUGGUAGUACAGACAGGAUUUGUAAUUUAUCUCUGCUCUUGCCCAGAAAGCAACGAGUCACAGAAAAUCCUUGAAAACGCCAAAUAGUUGAGCUGAUACACGCGCUGAUGCACUGACCCUGGAAUUCACAGGCAGAUUCCUGUGACUGAACCUGAACAUGUGAGGAUCAUGACUGAAACUGCCGUUUGCGUUGGAACGUUCACUGCUGUGAAGACACUUUGGGAAGUGAGAAUACACAAGAUAAACGAAGAAUUACAGAAAGAAAAGGAAUUCAGACAGAGGUCUGCAGGAAGGCUACUACUAGUCUGGGAGGAGAGAGCUGCUCUAGCAAAGCUCAAAGAAAAAGUUAUUCACGAAGAUGGAAGAGCAAUUCUGAGGAUAGAGGAAGAAGAAUGGAAGACGCUGCCUUCGUGCUUAUUGAAACUAAUCCAUCUCCAGGAAUGGCAGCUGCAUAGAACUAGUUUGCAGAAAAUUCCUCAGUUCGUUGGAAGAUUUCGCAAUCUUGUUGUUCUGGAUCUAUCCCGGAACUCAAUUGAAAGUGUACCUAAAGAAAUUGGUCAGCUGACUAGCCUCCAAGAGCUGCUUCUCAGUUACAAUAGAAUAAAAUCUGUUCCUAAGGAAAUAAGUAAUUGUGUCAGUCUGGAAAGAUUGGAACUGGCUGUGAACAGGAGUAUCAGUGAUCUUCCUCCUCAGCUCAGUGAUUUAAAGAAGCUUUCACACAUAGAUUUGUGCAUGAAUCAGUUUACUACUAUCCCUUCAGCUCUUCUCAACAUGCCAAAUCUAGAAUGGUUAGACAUGGGGGGAAAUAAACUCCAGGAGCUUCCUGAUGCAAUUGACAGAAUGGAACAUCUCCACACUUUAUGGCUCCAAAGGAAUGAGAUAAAUUCUUUACCAGAAACCAUUGGUAAUAUGAAAAAUCUUAGUACUCUUGUUCUCAGCAACAACAAACUUAAGGAUAUUCCAGCUUGUAUGAAGGACAUGACGAAUCUGAGAUUUGUCAACUUCAGAGACAACCCACUGGAGUUAGAGGUAACACUUCCUCCAUGUGAGAAUACAGAAGAGGAGGAGCAACAGGAAAUGUUCGGCAUUGAAUUCAUGCACAUGUAUAUCCAAGAGUCACUCAAGAAAACAGGAAAUCUGGAAAGUUGUGCUUCUGAUCCUUCUCCUAUCAUAAAUGCUAAUGAAUAAAGAAUGUAACUGUGAAUGGAAGAAAAUAUCAAGUAUACUUCUUAGUAAAGAGGCGUACAACAGGUUUCAAAUAUUCU